AUGUUUAUAUUUGUAUACAUUCUUUUCAUUAGGGCUUGUCAAGUGAUAAAUGAGGAUUAUUAUCUCUAUCCUACAAAAGAAGAAACAUUAGAAAUACCUAUGCUUAAUUUUUUUUAAGGCAAUGAUUUAAUUUAUAAAUGUUCCAACUGUCCAUAAGAUGUGAAGAUUGUGGGUACUAUGAAUCAUAGAAACAAUAUUGAAAAUAAUUACACAUUUAAAUCUGUCUCACCUUCUACAGAUCAAAUAUUUGCUUUGACUACUGAACCUUCGUUGAAUAUCUAUUUGAAAAUAAAUGGAAGUCUGAUACUAUAAAAAGUAAUUAACAUAAAUUCAAACUUAUCGUGCUUUAGUGUUACUUACUUAACAGUAAAUAAUAUAAUUUUAGAUUGUUACUAAAAUGAAACACUAAUUCUAUACAAUUUAAAGAACACUACACUCAUUUAGAUCUACACUUCCAAUAGUUCUCUUCCAAAUCAAACAAAACUAGGUUCUAUUAUAAAUAACACAACUGUGUACUUUAUAUAUGGGUAGUUUUUCAGCCUGUUAGAUUAAAAUGAAUUGAAAUUGACCAUCUUAUAUGAAAUUAAAAAAAACACUUUAAUAUCCACAGAUAGUUUAACAAUUUUGGCAUAUAACUUUGUUGUUUCAUAAAGGGAGAGUACAAGUUAAACAAUAUUUAUUUAAUAAUUAAAUGAGAUUUUAACAUAUGUGAUAUCACAAUCAGGAACUCUUGUGUAAGGCAACAAUAUCUUAUUAUAUCAAGAUAUUUUUUAUAUGGGUUAUUAUUAUUCCUAUGACGAAUACUAUUAAUUUGAUCGAAUAAUGUUAAUAGUUUUAGACGAUGAUUAAGAUUAUAUGUAUCUCGUAGAUAUCUUUUACAGUGUCUCAGGAUAUGUAAAACUAUUAGAGUCUAAAUAAUUUCUAAAGAAAGUAAGUAGAAAUGCCUAAAUAUUUAUGAAUUAACAAUUCAUAGUUCUUCAUUAUAAUAAUCAUAGAAUUAGCAUUCUGUAAAAUUAAGGAUUUAAUAAAAUUAUUAUCAGAAACUUUGAUUUACACAAUAACAAUACAGUUGUCUAUUUCGAAGGAUCCACUUAAGAAUUGUUAAUUUUUGGAGACCAUAUUGAAAUUUAUACCUUAUAAAUACCUACUUUAUAUUUUGCAUCAAAUGAGAUGAGUGGUUCAUUCUCUAUUUAGGCUUUUGAAAUAGAAGGUAAUUUUUAAAUAAGGAAAUGCCAAACUGUGAUUCAUUAUCUUUAGGUCUCCAAAAUUGAUAGCAGUGUUUAUUAGAUUUUCGUAUAACCACAACUAUCAUUUUUUAAUUUAUUGCAAUUUCCUUUUAUAUAUUGGAUCACAUUUGUUUCAGGAUCACUUCUCAAUGUUUCAAAUAUGGUAAGCAAUCCAAGUCUAGGAAGUUUUAGUGAUUCUACUUUAUAAAAACUCCAUCAAUCGUUAGAUUUGACUUAGAGCUAUGAGAUGAAUGCAACAACAAUUAAUUUAAUUGUUUUUUUCAUUGUAGCAAUAAACAAUCAGACUCUAGAUCUAUAUUAAGAAGGAACAAUAUUACCAGUCAGUUCAACCGAUAUUACUAAAAAAAAUGGUAGUGUCACUCAAAUUGAAAUUACUUUCGCUAUUCUAAAUCAAUAAUUAUACUUCUUAGUUUGCCUAGGUAUAGGCUAGAAUAUGAUAUAAAUUUAUGAGUAUGAUCGACAAUUAUCAUUAGUAAACAUUACAACCUUUUAAACAUAGUCAUUUAAAUAAUUUUAGUUGCUAUCUAAUGCAUUAGUUUUGUUAUUAGAUACAAAUUAAAUAGUUAUAACAACAUUUGAUAAUCAAUUUUUCAUUUUACUUGAUUCGAAAAUUUUUAAUCAGAUCGUUGGUUCAAAAAUUGACUUUAAUCCAAUAAGUAUAUUUAUCAACUAACAAUACCAAUCUAGAAUCUUAUACAUAAACAAUUAAAAUAGUUUUAUUAUAGGUUAAAUAACAGAGCGAUUUAAUUUUAUGUUAAUAUCAAUCAAAAAAGUGUUUUUCCUAAUUUAAAAUUUAUAGGUUGUAAAUAACCAAUUAAUUUUGUCAUAUAUUCAACAAGAUAUGUCAGUUGUUUAAUUUGAAGUCUGGAAUGUCAAAAAAUUGAAGGAACCCUACUUUCAAAGAAGUAUGAGAUCCUUAGUGCUUGAGUUGAAUAAAGAUUCAAUUUUCUUCUACUCUGACAAUCAGUUUUUUUAUGUAUAAAUUGGCUUAAUCAUGCAUAUAUUUAACCCCACCUUAUCAGAACAUUCAAGUCUCUAUUAUCGAAUAUAUAUUGAUGGACUAUAAUUCGCAAGCACAGCAACGGACAGUAUGAGCCUUCUUUAUUUUAAUUAGAGCUUAUUUUUGUUAUCACCUAUUUUACUUCAGACAUUUUAUAAUUUUAGUAUAUAUUCAGAUUUCCUAUCUGAAUAAAUCUUUAAUUUCACUAUUUCCUCCUAACUUAAUUAGCAGAGCAAAAUUAAUUCUUUAAACAAUUCUGUGACCAUAAUAAAUAAUUAUGAAUAAAUUUAAAUGAACCAUACAUAAGUCAAUGUAAGUCAAUCUUAAUCCUAUAUCGAAAUAUUUAGAAAUAAUAUUUCAGUUGAAGGUUAAAUUUUAUAAUUCAAAAUGGUUAACAAAAAUAAAAAUUAAGAUAAUUACACAUUGACAAACUAUAUUUAGUAUUUCAAUUUAACGUAUGAUUAGGCUAACUACAAUUUAAUUACUCAAUUAGAUAAUAGCUGGAAUAUUUAAUUUCUGCUGAUGAAUAAUUAUAGUAUCCUAAAUUAUACAAAUAAAGAUAAAUAUUUCUUUGGUCCCUACAAAAAAUGUAUUGCCUCAACUGCCUAUAAAUUUAGUCUUUUUGCUUUAUGA